AUUUCUAUGGCAUACAGUAAUCGAGAGACAAAAAAAGAGACCAAUAGCUUUAUCAAAUUCACUUAUGGCUUAGAUUAUUGAUAACACGAUCAUCAUCUUCAUUAUUAGUCUUAUUAUUGAGAGUAAAAAAAAGGAGAUGUGUAAUUCUAUGCCCCCUUUUGUUUUAAAUCUUCCGUCGAUAAUGACCACUUGAUGUGAUUAUUAUUUAACAACAACAAAGUGUAAUCAACAAAACACAUACGCACACACACACACGUCAUCAUGCUGAUUUAUUCGGAAUUACUAACUGAUUACACUCAAAAAGAUAAUCAAUCAUCGAAAUGUGAUCGACUCAGCAGUAAGGAGAAACGCCUACCACGAUUUGCACUAUCAGAAAAAAAUAAAAAUCGUCUGCUUUAUGGAAAUCGAGUAAACUUAACACCUGAAAUUGACAGUUUCGCAACAAACACCUCAGAAAUAGGUACAAUGAUACAUUCAUACCGUUUACCAAUGUUUCCGACAUUAUUCUCUAAAUCUGAGAAUACACAUGAUCAGCAUACAUCGCGAAUAAAUAAAACUAGUGAAGAUGAUGAUACAGAUUCAAAUAAUUCACAGAAUACACUAGCAUCAGUUGUACAUUCACCGGACAGUUCAGUUAAACACAAAGAUAAAAAGUUAUUCAAUGAUCAAUUCUCAAUACAAAAUGUAACCUCCUCUACAACUACAAUUAAAAAUCAUUGUGCACCAGAUCAUAAAAAAUGUCUUGAUUCAAAGAAAAUUCAUUAUGAUGAAGAUUUAAAUAUGAAUGGAUUAAAUACUUCAAAGGACUAUACACACAUGAAAAAGUGGAUGGAGACAAGAGGGAUGGAAACGCCAUCAAUGAAUAAUAAACAGAAUAGUUGGAAAUCAGACAGUAGUGAAAUCAGUGAUCUUUCAAAUCGUGCUAGACAUAUUGACAGAUUAUUUGGAGAACUAUCACGAAAAAUGUACUGUUUAAGCGAAGAAAACGGUUUCCUAUUGGAUAAUUUAUUUACAGUUACAGAACAUUUGAAAUACUUCAAAAAUAUCCUACAAGACAGGAAACCUCAACAACCAGUGCAACAGAAUGACUCUGGAAAUAAUACAACCAGUGCAACUGAUUAUUCAUCAUAUGAAAAUAGUAAAUCAGAAAAUUCAGCACGACGUCUUAUAUCACCAUAUCAGAAUAUUGAAACAGAUACUGGUAAAAAGCGUUUUCAAACUACUGUAAAUUUACGCGACAAUGUCUUGUCUCAAUCACAGCCUAAUUUAAAUCAAGAUGUAAAUUAUUUUAACCAUAGUGCUGUUGCUAAUAAUCAUAAUAAUCGCAGUAAUAUCGAUAAUUCCAAUACACCCAAUGACAGUAACAGUAGUAUUGACAAGCCUAAGAACAGUAGCAAUAGUAAUAAACGUUAUCAGAGUGCGCCCAAAAAAUUUCCAGAUACCCUCCCCGGUUAUACAACAAAAAAUUUUAAUUCUACUAGACGCAAAGUACAAAAGAAUAAUAAUACAGUGUCUCAAUCUCAACAAGCCAAUAAAAUUCCACAAAUCUUGACCAGAGCAAAUCGGUUUUCUACAAUGAAUUUAACUGCAUCACUAUUUCGAGGUGCUUCAAAGGAAAGGCCUAAAAAGAGAUUUACAUAAUAAUAAUAAUAAUUAACAAUAACUGAAUUCACUGAAAUUUGUAUUUUUACUGAUUUUUAAAAAAAUAUCACUUCAAAUUUCCACUUUCUCAUUUAUGGCAAGGAAAAGCCACUAUUAUCUAUUUGUUUUGUUCUGUUUGUUUUUUUUUUUUGAUUCCUCAGUGACAGUCUUUUUAAGAAGAUGAAAACUGCAAUAGAAGAUGAAAAUAAGCAUUCUUUGAAUAGACUGAAAUUCUUUAUUGAAUAGCAAUAUUCAAAACAGAAAGCAUGCAGUAUGAAACCUAAGAAUGUCAUAUGCCACUUCAGGAAAGACUACAUGAAACCGAUGAAAAAGAGAGAAGAUGCGACAUUGUACAUGGCAUAUUUUACUUGGAAAAAUGCUUGUGUUUUUGUAUCAUCAACAAAAAACAAAGCAAAUCUCUGUGUGAAUAUUUCGAUAAAUUAUUAUUACUAUUAUACUUCUGUUUCUUUCAAAAGUGUAUGAGAAUAAAGAAGUUUAUCACUCGG